AUGACAACACUAGACAAAAUAGGAAUACAGGGAAUAAGAAGUUAUUGUGAUGAAUAUCCACAACAAUUAGAAUUUUCUUCGCCUAUUACAAUAAUAUAUGGGAAUAAUGGAAGUGGUAAAUCAACUAUUAUAGAAUGUUUGAAAGUAAAUUGUACAGGAGAUUUUCCACCAAAUGCCGAAAAAGGGAAAUCUUUUAUCCAUGAUCCACUAAUAUCUAAUAAGAUGAAUGUUCGUGGAAAAAUUGACUUAUUACUAAAAAAUUAUAAUAAUAAAAAGAUUGGUAUAUCUAGAUCUUUUAGUUUAUAUUAUUCUAAAGAUAAACAGAAUAGAAUAAAACAUACUUUUCGAUCUUUAGAUAAUAAUAUUAUAAUUAAAAAAGACAAAGGUGAUGAUAUUAUAAUAACAAAUAAAUGUGUUGAUAUAAAUUGUCAUAUACCUAAAUUAAUGGGUGUAUCUAAAGCCCUUUUAGAAAAUGUCAUUUUAUGUCAUCAUGAUGAAAGUUUAUGGCCAUUUAGUGAAUCUACAAAAAUAAAAAAAAAAUUUGAUGAACUUUUUGGGGAUGAUAAUUUUUCCAAAAUAUUAGAAGAACUUGUAAAAUGUAAAAAAAAAAUGAAUGAAAUAUUAAAAAAAAAAAAUUAUGAAUUAAUAAAUAUAAAAGAUUCUUAUGAAAAAAAAAAAAAUAUUUUUUUAGAAAUUGAAAAAAAUCAAGCCGAAAUAGAAAAUGAGAAAAUUUUUAUACAACAAGAAAAAGAAGAGUUGAAAAAAAAAACGAUUUUAUUAGAUCAGUUUAAAAAUAAAAAUAAUAUUUUAUACAAAAUUAGCUCAGAUAUAGAUACUUAUUUUGUUUUAUAUGAAAGACAUCAAUCAGAUAUCCAACAAUAUAAAAAUAUGAAAGAAAUAUAUGAAGAAAGCUCCAGUGAACUUGAAAAAUUUUCUGAUCUUUUUAAAACCGAUUUAAUUAAAUGUAAUGAAUUAAUUGAAAAAAUAAAUGACGAAAUAAUAAAAUUAGAGGAGGAAAGUGAAAAUUGUCUAAAUGCAUAUGCUUGUGGAAAUUUAAAGGAAUGUAGUGAAAUAUCUGAUUCGAUUUUUUGUUUGGAAAAAAAAGAAAAACAACUUUUAGAUAUGAUAAAAAAUAUAUAUGAUUUAGAUAUAUGCAUUUCAAACAAUUUUAAAUGUAAAUGUGUUAGAAACAUUCUUUUAAAAGAACACAAAAAAAUAAUUUUACUUGCUCAAAAUAGUUUUCAUACAUUAACUUUUAUUAAAAGUGUUGAUAUUUCAACAAGGAAAGAUGAACUAAUUUCAAGUUGUGAUUGGAAUGAAAUUAGUAGUAUGAAAAAAGAAGAUUCUGGAAAUAGUAAGAAGUGUAUAACAAAUAGAGGAAGAAUGAUAAAAAAAAUAGAUUUGAAUUUUUUAAAGGACCUUGAUUUAAAUUCCUAUCAAUCUUUUUUUGAUGAAUAUAAAGAAUUUGAGAAAAGACAUAAAAAACGAAUUAAAAAAAUUUAUAAUUUUAUAAGACAAAAAAAAAUUCAAAGUCGAGAAAAUAAAAUGGAGAAAAAUAAAAAUAAGAAUAUUUUAAAAAUCAAAAAAUAUCAAGAAAAACUUCGAAAAAUAGAUAAAAAAAUAGAUCAAAUAGAAAAAUAUAAAAAACAACUGAUAUUACUAAAAUCUAAUGAUGAUAUUUAUGAUAAAAAAUUUAAAAAUUUAGAGAAAAUGUUUCAAUUAAAAAAUAUAUAUGACACUAUAAUAUUGAAUAGAUAUGAUGGCUGCAAUGAUGAUAAUGCUGAUAAUGAUGAUGAUGAUGAUGAUGCCGAUAAUGAUGAUGAUGCCGAUAAUGAUGAUGAUGCUGAUAAUGAUAAUAAUAUUUGCACUUUUAAAGAACAAAAUGAAAAAAAUAUAAAAAAAAAAAAAUUAAAUGAAAUAGUCAAUUUAAAAAAUAAAUUAAAUAAGGUGUUAAUCUACAUCACAAAUGUUAACUUACUUUGUGAAUAUUUUUGUGAUUUUGAAAAAAUUAAUAAAAAAAUUAUAUUUUUUUUUAGACACCUUUUUUUAUAUUUAUCUCAAAUGAAAAUAUUUUUAAAAUUAUGUAAUGGAAUACAAAAAAAGAAAAAUUUAUAUGAUUGUAUUAAAAGAUUAGGGAUAUUAGAUUUUGAGGAAAAUGAGUUUUAUUCUAAUUUUAAAAAUGACAAUUCUCAAAUGAGUAUAAUUAUGUCUAAAAUUGGUGAAAAAAAAGAGACAGAUAAAAUGUUUAUUCCAAUGAUACAUAAUAAUUUGAAUGUAAAAAAGGAAGAAGACAAUUUGCAUACUUUUGAAGAAAAAACAGUAAAAUUAGAGAAUAAAAUCGAAAAAAAUACAAAAUUAAAAAAUUUAAUAUCUUUAGAAAAUAUCACAAAUUGUGUAAAUAAAAAUGAAGAUAUUUUAAGUGACAAUCUUAUCAAAUUGGAAUCUAAAAAAAGAGUAACAGCUCAUUUUGAGGAACUUGAAAAUGGAAUGAAAAAAAAACAACGACAGGAACAAGACAAGUUCGAAACAGUGCAGAAAAUGAAAAUAGAAAAAAUCGAAAAAAUAAGCAAAAUAGAAAAAAUAAACAAAAUUGAAAAGGGGGAGAAUGAAACUGAUUGUGAAACAAAGUUAGAGUGGAGUCAAGAGAUGGGGAUAGUAGAGAGAGGGUUAUGCGAAUAUGCCGAAAAAUACGAAAAAAAAAUCGAAGAAUAUAAUAUAGAGAUUAAAAAAAUAAAAGAUAAAAUUGUAGCUAAAUCAAAUGAGACUAUAGAAGCAGAUAAAGAAAUGAAAAAUUGUUUAGAAAAUAUAAAAAAUUUUAAAGGGAUGUUAGAAAAGUUGGAAAUAAAAAAUGUAAGUAAUUUUUUGGAUAUAUUUUAUCAAACAAUAAAAAAAAUAAAAGAAAGCAAAAGAAAUCUAAAUUGGUUAACUCGAAAAAAGGAUGAAAAAAUUAUAAAUAUAGACAAAAUAAAUGGAAGCAAAUUUUGUAAUAUAUGUAAACAUAAUUUAGAAGAAAAUGAAAUGAAUAAAAUAAAGACAGAUUUAAACAAUGAAAUAAAAGAAAUCGAAAAUGAAAUAGAAGAAGAAAACACAAAAUUAAAUAAUUUAAAAAAAAAUAAAAAAAAAUAUUUACCCUUACUAAAAUAUUACUAUAAUUAUAUUCAUCCUAUAAGUAAUCAAAUUAAUAAUUUAUCAGAAAAUAAAAUAAAUGAAAUAAAAAAUGAUCUAACAAAUCUUCAAGAACAUUUAAAUAUCUAUUUAAAUAAAAUAAAUAAAACUAAUGAAAAAUAUAAAGUAUUACACAAAAUUUUUAAUAUUUAUCCUAAUCUUAUUAAUUUUAAAAGAGAAAUUGUUAAGCAUGCAAAAAAACUUUUUUUAUGUAAAGACCAAAUAAAAAAUGUGUUGAAUUUUUUUAAAGAGCAUAAUAGUGACAAUUAUGAUACAUUGUUUGGAAAAAACGAAUUUUAUAAUUUAAGUGGCAAGUUUGCAAAACUAAUGGAAAAUAGUGAUGAUAAAGAUAGUUCAAAAGAAACUACAAAUUUAAUAACAAAAUUAAAAGAGGUCUUUGAAAUGUUUAUGAGAAUAAUUGAUAAGAAAGAAUAUUUUAAAUAUAUUACUAAUAUUAUUGAACAUAAUUAUGAUAACAUUUUGUGUACCUUUUCAAUAAAAAAUGCACUUUUAUUUAUUAAUAAUGAUGAUAAUAUCUAUACAAAGAGUAACUCUUUUUUUUUUUCGAAAUUUAUGAAAUUAUUGUCAAUAGAAAUAAAAGAAAAAAUUGAACAAACUAUAAUUAGUAAUUCGGGUGUAGACACAAAUGAAGAUACCAGAUUAGAGAAUAAAGAAGAUGUAGAACGAGAAAAAUUUAAUUUGAAAUAUGGUGAUAAAGAAAAUGAUUCAAAAGAUUUUGAGAUAUUUUUUAAUAAUGAAGAAAGAUAUAGUCUUAUAAACAAACUAAUAGAUGUAGAAAAAAAAAAUAAAACUAUCGAAAAGUUAUGUAACGAAUUAAUAGUAUAUAUAAAGAAAGAAGAAAUAAAAACAGAAGAAGAAAUACAAAUGUUAUGUAGAAUGGAAUUUUUAAUAAAUGAUAAAAAAAUAUAUGUAAAUAAAAAAAUAAAAGAAUUAGAAGAUUUUAUAAAUAAAGAAAAUAAAAUAAAAGAGUGUAUAAAAAAAACAGAUAUAUUUCUAUCUUAUUAUUUAGAAAAAAAAAAAGAAAUAGACAAAUUUAUAAAUUUUAAUAAUGUUUUAAUAAAAAAAUAUAAUAAAAAAAAUAAAGAUAUAAAAAAAAAAAUAAUAAAUAAUAAAUAUGGAAUACUAUUUGAAAAUAAAAAUUAUUUUCUAAAAAGUUGUAUAAUCAAUACAAUUUGUAAUAACCUUAAAUUAACAAAAAGUGAAAAAGAAAAACAAGAAUCUAAUUUGAAAAAUAUUAGAGAGCAAAUUUCUAAUAAUGAAUUAAUAAAAAAUGAAUCAAAUGAGAUAAUAAAUAAAAUUAAAAAAAAAAAAGAACAAGUAUUGUGUCUUAAGGAGGAAAAAAUAAAUAUAGAAAAAAUGCAUCAUAAUGUAGUUAUAAAUACAAAUUUAAAAAAAAUACAUGAAACAUUUUUAAAGCAGCAAGAACAAUUUUUGGAAUUAUUAUCAGAAUUUCGAGAGAAUGUUUUGAGAAGAAAAAGAGAUGUAGAUGUUAUUACACAAAAUGAGAUAAACAGUUCAGACAACAUAGAUGUAACAAUUAAAAAAAAAAUAGAAACAGAGAAAAAUAUAAUAAACAAUCAAAUUAAUGAAAUAGAAUUUAUAAUAAAAACAUUUCAAAUAAAUUAUCAAUCAAAUGUUGAUAUUCACAAAUUUUUAAGAGAUACAUUUGAUUAUCUAAUGUAUAAAAAAAAAUUAGAAAAAAUAAUAAAUACUGAAAAAGAAAUAUUAAAAAGUAAAAUAGAAGAAUGUAAAAAAUGUAUUACAGAUAUUCAAAUAAAAGAAGGAGAACUUCAAGGAAAAAUAUGUUUACGAAAUGAAUAUGUUGAAAAAUUAAAAAAAGAUAUAAAAUCUGGGUCUUAUGAAAAUAUAGAUAAUGAAUACAAAAAAAAAUUAAUAGAAAUAUGUGUAUAUAAAAAUGUAAUAAAAGAUUUAUCAAAUUUUCAUAACAGUUUUGAUCAAGCAAUUAUUAAAUUUCAUUCUUUAAAAAUGCAAGAAAUAAAUUUAUCUAUAAAAAAUUUAUGGAGAAGAGUGUAUAAUAAUCCUGACAUAGAUUAUAUAUAUAUAAAAUCAGAUUUAGAAAUAGAAAAUAAUGAAAAAAUAAAUCAAAGAAGAUCCUAUAAUUAUAGAGUUGUUAUGGUAAAAGAUAAUUGUGAAUUAGAUAUGAAAGGUAGAUGUUCGUCAGGACAAAAAGUUUUAUCUUCAAUAAUAAUUCGAUUAGCUUUAGCAGAAUCUUUUUCUAUUAAAUGUGGUAUAUUAGCAUUAGAUGAACCUACUACAAAUCUUGAUAAAUCUAAUUCUAAAAAUUUAGCUAAUUUAAUUGCUAAUAUUGUAGAUCUAAGAAAAAACAGUUCAUCAUUUCAACUUAUUCUAAUUACACAUGAUACAUAUUUUGUAGAUGCUUUGUCACAAUAUGGAUUAACAAACUGUUUUUAUAAAGUAAGGAAAGAUCGAAAUGGGUAUUCUCAAAUAGUUAAAGUUGAAAAGUAA